AUGGAUCCACUAGAUAUGCUGACGCGACGCCGAACCAUGUUCGACUACGUCCCCGUGCACAAACUGUUCAUGUCGGACACUCGACGAACAGAAAGUAGUGAAGAGUUGAUAGAAAUUCUCGGCCAUUCCUAUUACCAUUACUUUUUGAAAGGCAAAUUGUCUCACUACUCUAUCACUCCUAUCGAGAGAGACAACCAUACUCUUGCUAUAUAUCGAUUCGACGAGAUGCACGAACAAUAUGAGAACGCCUGCAAAGAUAGGCGAGUCCUGAUGUACCGAGAGCAUUUCGCCCUCCGCAUGCCGAAUGAUAAAGGAGAGGUAACCUAUAAACUGUCAUUGUACGACCUCUACAACAUGGCCUGCAUAUGUGUUACGUUAACUGUGAAUGCCAAACAGCGCGGAAAAGCGUAUCUUGAAUUUAGAGAAGAGAUGGACUUUUCGGGAGGAACUGAAGACCUUAUGGAUUUUGACUCUGAUAUGAUGUAUAAGAAUGAGCCACUUAAAACACGAACGGACCCACCGCCUCUAAAAAAGGGUGAAAAAGAAACACCCAAACACCUGCGGCCAACCUGGAUACAAAUGCUCAAACCCAAGAUGGUUAAUAUGCGAGUCCAAAAGGGGAGAGUAUUGACCAAUGUUUUGUAUAUAAAGUUUCAUUUUGAUGCCGCAGCCACAUUGGACUUCAGACUGUUUGCUAUGCCGGGAAGACCGAAUGAACCAACAACACUCAGACCUGAGGACACUGAACCGGAGACCACAACUGAAUGGACGACCGAAUCAUCAACGUUGACGGGCGAUUGGUCGACGACGACCGGAACGCCGUCGACGACGACAAACAUCUCGGGAAGACGUGUAAGUGAAGAUUUCUGGGGCAUGCAUCCUAACAGGCUGUUCAAAGAGGAGUUGGCAGAAAUAACAGCUGACGUCCUGGACACCGUCGCCGUGGGUAGCCGGAGCUCGCUAGCUAAAGCUGUUUUAGCUCUACAAUGCUUCCUCAGCGUCGUUUUUUUGAGAGCAGAUUUAUUUAUAAACUAGCUGUUAACUGUCAUAGUUCACUGUGUAUAAGUCACAUAGUUGUAACAGCCGCAGGGAGGGAAAAAUGGGGUUCAAAGUUUUAUUAAAGUCCUAGGUUUUAAAACUUGAAAUACAAUAUGUAUCUCUUUAUAUGGUGUGGAAUUAUCAUUAGAAAUAAUAAUAAUAAUAAAUUCUUAUUGAACACCAAUGGACUUGUACAUUACUUUGU